GGAGACUGUUCCUUUCCGCAGCUCCUCCGUGAUGUUUUCGCUAAACUCGGACUGAUUUAGCUAGCGCUCCGAGACCCUAAAGAGAUGCACUGUUUCAUCCACGCUCGAACUGCUGCAGGAGAGAGAGACACACACACCGCGCUCUUAUCUUAUCCACCUACUCCUGUUAUCUGCCACCGCCUUCACUGAGCUGUAGUUUGAAAAACAACCGUGAGAGGUCGCCAUAGCUCCACUUAAACUGAUACUAUCUUUUACCAGGUAGCUACUGUCUUGUAUAAUUCGUUUGGUUUAUUGACUAAACACCGUUGCAAGCCCACAGCAGACGGUUUAAAACGCCGCUAGCCAGUAUCAGUAAGCUAUCAUGCUAACGUUGUCUCGUGCUUAUGGCGGUUCUGCGUUCAGAAAUAUUAGGCUUAACAAAACAUAAGUGGGCUAGCUAACUAAAACUGAAUGAAUUUACUAUUAUACCUAGAUAAGUGGCAAUUAUUAUCAUAUUUACAUUAGCUGUAAAUAUGUAACGUUAGUGGUGUUUUACCAAGGCGUUACCUAAUUUUUUUCUUUAAAUAGGCCUACGUUACCUUUUAUAGCCUAUAUUUAUAUAUAAAAAAACUUGCUAGGCUAUACCACAACCGUUGUGUUAUUUUUAACAUUCAAGACUCUGCAGCAAAGCAUAUAGCUUUGUGUUAGCUAGCUACUUUUUAAUCUAAAGUGAAGUAUUAGCCUAUAUAGCCUACUGAGUCUCUGAAGGCAGAGCGACCGUUUUUAGGUUUGAAAGCAGAACAGCAGAUGUCACUACAGCCAAUAAACACUUUAUUUCGAAGCACAGAGAGCGUCUAUAAGCCCCAACUCCGACAGGUGUUUUUUCAUUUUAUUUUAUACGCUUGUUUUUAUGAUAAACCAAAUGACAUAGGCAUAGCUAGUGUUUAAUCCAUCUACUGCCCUCUCUGUUUAUGGCAACAGUUAUUGUGGAAUGGGAAGGUGUUGCGGUAUGUUAGGUAGGCUACACGGAAGGAAGUGUAAUUACACCGCUUGUCGAUAAAUGACAGGAGGCGUUGUGUGUCUGUUGUCAAAGACAGCCUCUUAUCACAGCUGGACCUCCAAUAUGGCACCAAAAGACCCUCUACUCGGCACUCUCAAAUUGUGUGUCCUGAACCUGCAGUCAAAUGGAGAGAUUGUGUCAGAUACCAACCCUCACCUCGCCUCCUGCUGUCAGCUUCUUGAGCUGGUCCUCAGGAAGGGGCUCCAACAGCCGGUUCUCAGUCUGGUACACAGAGACUACUGGCAGUGUUUUGAACAGCUUACCCACCACGAUACCUGUGGCAGGCUGUCUGGCCUGUCUUUAAUAGUGGAGCAGACCAGAGUUUGCAGGAAGCUGCUCUCAGCUCAGGGCCGAGGCCGCUACCUGCUCAGGCUGGCCCUCAGCCGCAAGGCUCUACCACAGUUCAUCACACACCUGCUGCACACACCCAGACUCCUGGAGUGGUACAGUCCAGCAAUGUCAAUCAUCAGGAAUGAGGAAUUUGUGGAGCCUUUUAUGUCGCUGCUGCUGGUCCUCUCUCACAUGGAGUUCAAACUGGGCAUGGAGAAUUGCAGUUUUCUGGAUGAAAGCUGGCUUCUACCGGUGUGUGAGACAUAUGAAGUAGUGCCCUGUCGGGAGGUAGGGAUGGUGUUGAGGUAUCUAAGUGGGCGCGUCUUUGUCCUCGACUUGAUGCCUGGUAGUCAGGCUCAUGUCGACAACUUUAUCUCUCCUGGUGACAUCAUUGAUGAGAUCAACGGAACCUCGCUGAGGAAUUCCAAGAAUGGACAGGCAGGUGUGCUUCUGUCUCGCCUAAAGGGCUGCCCUCUAUCCAUUGGUGUUUUGCGGUGGAGGGCUCAAGAUGGGACAGUGUAUCUGCCCCUUAUCAAACUCCUGCAGACCCUGAGGAUGGAGGACCCCACCCUGCAGCUUGGUCCCGCUCCCUCCCAGCAGUCAGUUUCCAAGGACCAGAGAAACUCUCCGUCACAGUGUCUCAAGGAGGGAAGGAUUGUGUACAUUGUGCAGUUCUUGGGAAAGGCAAACGUAAUGUUUGGGGGAAAGGAGGUGCUGCAGCAUGCCAUUACACAAGUGUUGCAGAAAAACCUACCUAGCAAGGAAGUGCUACUGGAUAUGAAGGAAACGCAUUUGACAUGCACAGAAAGAAACAGUAAAUUGGAGCUGUUUAAGCAUCACUAUCCAGAGAUUUCAUGCGUAGGGAGAUUCGGCCAAGCAGACUACACAAUAUUUGCAUUCUGCGUGGCUGGAUCCCCAGAAACCCCUCGGUCAACAGGCUUCUGCUGCGUGGCACUGAGGGCCAGCACUAUCAAGGAGUGUGAAGAAAUUGUCUGCCGUAUUGCUGCUGGUUUCAAGCAUACUGAGUGGUUUGUAUGACAACUCAACUAUUGUGUAUAGUGUUGUAAAUAAAGUCUAUCCAGAUCAUG